GGCGGAUUCGGUCUCUGAUUUCCAAAUGAAGCUAUAUCGCGUUUGACAUCUGCGCCGAAACCUUAUCUAUACCGAGGGUGCGAUUGUGUCUUUGACGACUCUCCAAACCACCAAAACCUCUGUCCACUGUCCGUCUCUUGCCCUUUCUUUGUUUUUGGCUGCAAACAUACAACAAUGACAUCGCCGAAGCGACCAAAGUUCGUUUUGAUCACUGGGUGCAGCAAAGGAGGCAUAGGAUAUGCGCUGGCUCGCGAAUUCUCCGCCAAAGGCAUGCAGGUCAUCGCCACCGCCCGCUCCAAAGAAAAGAUCGCGGACCUCGGCCCUCUAGGCAUAACCCUGCUCUCCCUCGACGUGGACGACCCGGCCUCGAUCGCGCAGCUCAAAGUCGACGUUACGCGCAUUACAGAUGGCAAGCUAGACAUACUUGUGAAUAAUGCCGGCCGUAACUACACCGUACCAGCGUUGGACAUCGACUUCGCCGAAGUCGAGCAGACGUUUCGAACCAACGUGUUCGGCGUGAUGCGUAUGUGCCAGGCCUUUGCGCCUCUGUUGAUAGAGGCCAGAGGAACGAUUGUGCAGAUCGGCAGUGUAGCUGCGAUCAUGCCCUACGUGUUUGGAAGUGUGUAUAAUGCUUCUAAGGCAGCGCUACACCAGUAUUCCAACACGUUGCGUGUAGAGCUUGCUCCUUUUGGUGUCAAGGUCGUGACGAUCGUGACGGGAGGCGUAAAGAGCAAUAUUGCAAAUAUUGACAGGGUUCUGCCAGAGGAUUCGUACUAUCUGCCUAUUGCAAAGGAAUAUGCAAGACGAGUGAAACAUAGCCAGGAGAUGGGCAUCCCAAAUGAGCAGUAUGCCAAGUACGUUGUACCGAAGGUUCUGAAGAAUCGAAGUCGGCAGAUCUGGGGAGGCUUUGGCGCGUGGUGGAUUUGGUUCGCCAGCACCUUUCUCCCAAUGUCACUCCUGGAUAUUGUAUUUACCCGCAUGUUCAACCUUUGGAAACUUAAACAGGCAAAUACAAAGAAAAAACUGACAUGAAUACAUGACUUUGACGCAGUUAAACGAAUUUUUACGGUCUUCCCGCUGAGUCAAGAUUAAAAUCUAAAGAUACCCUGAAUCGAAAGUAGAUUUUUUCUUCCU